AUGAAGCUUGUUCUUGAGUGCACAGGAGAUGUCUUGGAAGAAAUGCUUAAAGCGCUUAAAUCAGCCUGCCCAACUGAUGAGCGCGUUUAUUUGAUUUUUCAAGACGAUUUAUACUGGGAGGAAUAAGAUAGUUUUUAUAGAAAAAAGAGGGGUUUGAAGGUAUAUUAAUAUAAAUAAGCAUAAUUAUUCUCAGAGAAGUCCAUAUAGGAAUAGACCGGCCAAUCUGCUGGGUCGAGAUCGAUUUAUCUGAUAAAAGUGAUUCUGCGUUGUUUUCUAAAGUAGUUGUCAAAUCCAAGCAGCACAAAAAUACAAUUGUCUUAGAAGCAGUAAAAACACAAGUCUUUGAAGCUCUAAAAGCAAGCUCAGCUUUGCCGGGAACUCAAGUAACGAUUCGCCUAGCCCAAGAAAAUAGAUCAGGCAGUCCACAUCUCUAUCUAGAAUUCCGCUGUGUAGUCCCAGAUUAGGCUAAAUUAGGCGGGUCUUGCGUGCCGACAUUAUGUUCUUGGUAUAUCGUCUGAGGGUCAAGGAAAAAAGCCAUUCGUGUAGGAAAAACCCACCCCUGGACUUCCUAAAAGUAUGGGAUAAUUUAUAUAUAGGGGAUCAACUCAAAAGUCGCCCUGAAACCUAUACACCACUCACCAUCUUUUAAAAAUUGUGUCAUCCCAGAAGAAGGCGAAAACUUCAGUUAUGAAAAACAAGUAGACAUCGUUAUAAAUAAAGCCAAUGAAGACAUAAUCCCUGAAAUCCCCAAUGCCAUUGAGUGUGAAAUGGUCUGCUUAAACCACGUCAUACAAAUAAUGAGACCUCUCCAAGGUGAUGACUCAGCCGUUAUCCUUGGACUAAGCCUUGAAAAAUGCCAAGCUUGUGCACCUCGAAAUAAAAGAGAUUUAGAUUACCUUUUCGCCUGCAAUCAUGCCAGAAAUAAAGUAGAAGUCCCUGAAAAAGGAGACUUGACUGUGAUGUCAGUGAAUUCUUCGCCAUUACAAGUUAUUAGUACAUAUUAUCAGGUGCCUUUAUUAUUUGGGCAAUGCUCGUUGAAAAAUAUAAGGGCGACACUAAAGGUGAAGCAUUUAUUAGAAUUAUUCCAAAAAUCAUCAGCAGUCAACUGGCCGAAGGUGAUGCUUGGGAUCCAACAUGAAGGAGGGAUCAUUAUGACGAUUUCUAAACAUGAAAGCUUGUCGUUAAGGCUGCUCGCCCCUGGUCAUAUUGAGUAA